AUGGCAGAUGGUACCUACAGGUUCCAGCAGCCUGGGGCCGGGCAGUUCUUCUUCCAAGCGCAACAACCUCACCAACGGCACCUAGUUCGGAACGGAACCAACUCUCCAACUGGGAGACUAAAAUUCAACCAGGACGCCCCCUCUCCUUCUCGAUCCCCCCCUAUUGGACAGGCGGCGGCCCUCAACCCCUUCACCAUGUACACGCAGACUCACCAAGGGCAGCAUGUGAUGAUGAACGGCGGCCAGGCCCACCAGCGGUUUGGCAUGCAGAUUCCCAAGUUCCAGUCGCAGAGCCACCAUCCACACCCCGCUCAGCAAGCCCAUCACCACACGCACCACAACCAAGCUUCCCACAACAUCAAUCACCAGCACAACUUCUCCAGCGGGGCAUUGGCUGCCGCUACGCCACAUUUCACCCCGGGCCACCUCCAGAAUGGGGCCCACGCUAACAUUGACGACGAUAUCGAUGAGUCCAUGAACGAACACUGGCAGCAGCAGCUCCAGCUGGCUGCCGAGUCCCGCCAGGCUAACUCCCCGCACUACUACGCUCGGGCGGUCGCUCAGCAAGCAAAGGGCAUUCAGAUCGCCCCCAGUCAACCCGAAACCCAGGAAAACGGAGCCGACGGCCGGAAUGGGGUGGCCAAGACCAAGUCGGCGCCGAAGCAGGGCUGGCGUGCCCUCGACUUUGGCGGGCAAGGAUUGCGUGCGCUGUCUACAUCUCUGUUCAGUUACGAUUUCCUGGAGAAGCUGUACCUGGGUCACAAUAAACUGAAAGUGCUUCCCUCGACAAUCGGAAAGCUGCGCAAACUAGAGCACUUGGAUCUGUCCCACAAUGAUCUUACCGAGUUACCCGAGGAGAUUGGGAUGCUGACAAGUCUGAAGAAGCUGCUUCUGUUUGACAACCACAUUCGCACGCUCCCGUACGAAAUGGGCUAUCUCUACCGGCUGGAUACGCUGGGCAUCGAAGGUAACCCCUUGAACGACGUCCUGAAGUCUCAGGUUGUGAAAGAGGGUACGAAGGCUUUGAUCAAGUAUCUGAGAGAGGAAAUGCCAGUUCACCUCCCGCCUCCGGACAGAGACUGGGUGAUUCUCGACGAGACCGCCAACUCCUCCAACAAUCCGACAGAGAAAGUCACCGUUCUCUCUCUCAACGCCCUAUGCGAUUCCUCUGCGACGCAGUCCCAUUUUGGCUAUACCCCGUCUCGUGUUUUGUCGUGGGAGUUCCGAAGGGAGCUUAUCCUGAGCGAGUUAAGGUCACACGAUUCGGACAUCGUUUGCCUGCAAGAAGUCGACCAAGGCAGUUACAAUGGCUUUUUCAGGGAGCAGUUGGCGUAUAACGAUUAUAAGGGCGUGUAUUGGCCUCGAGGACGAGCCAUGGGAAUGCAGGAAGAGGAAGCAAAGUCGGUCGAUGGAUGUGCCACAUUUUUCAAGGGAAGCAAAUUUAUCCUUUUGGAUAAGCAGAUGAUCAAUUUCGGACAAACGGCUGUACGGCGACCCGACGCUAAAGGGCAGGAUGACAUCUAUAACCGACUCUGGCAGAAGGAUCACAUUGCGGUUGUGUUGUUCUUGGAAAAUCGACUGACGGGCUCCCGCUUCAUCAUCGUCAAUGCCCAUCUUUACUGGGAUCCGGCCUUCAAGGAUGUCAAGUUGAUUCAGACCGCCAUCUUGAUGGAGGAACUCACGAAGCUCUCCGACACGUACUCGAAGUGGCCGGCAUGCACCGACAAAGCUGCCUUCCGAUUCUCCGAGGCGGAAGGGGAGGAGGCUGCCACUCCACCGGAACCCGCUCCGUCAGUGGAAUACUCCAGCGGCGAACAGAUUCCGCUCUUCAUGUGUGGUGACUUUAACUCUUCACCCGGCUCCGCUGCGUACAAUCUUGUUUCGCACGGAGGGCUGUCGGAAGAACACCCGGAUCUGGAGAAACGUCUUUACGGCAAUCUCAGCCGGGUGGGUAUGACCCAUCCUUUCAAGUUGAAGUCUGCCUACGGCUCGAUUGGUGAGUUGAGCUUUACGAAUUACACGCCCGAUUUCAAGGCCAUUCUGGAUUACAUUUGGUAUACGUCGAACACGCUUCACGUGUCGGCGCUACUUGGAGAGGUGGACAAGGAGUAUCUCCGCCGAGUGCCCGGGUUCCCCAACUAUCACUUCCCAAGUGACCAUAUCGCAUUGUUUGCGGAGUUUACGGUUAAAGGGAAAAAGGGAAAGGUUGUGGAGGCGGAUUUUGGACCGCAACGGAAUUGA